AUGUCAAAACAAACCAUAAAUUAAUACCUUACAAAAAUCGCUUUUAUUACUCAAUAAUUAAUUAAAAAAAUGUCAGAACAAACGCAACAGUAUGUACAAGAAUCGCCGGAAGCGACGUCAGUUUCGAAUUCGGAAGGUUCGAAAGUAACUCAAGUAAACCAAUCGCAACAUCAUAAGCCGAACUCGCAGUCGAGACAAUCUAAUCUCCAAAGGAUACACGAAAAGAAGCAAUUGGUUCUAAAUUUACCCCCCGUUAAAAAACUAAUUAAGCUAGCGGUUCACUCUAAAUGCCAAGAGGAAAAUUGCGAUUGUUCUGGUUGGAAACGAGUAGAUUCAACGCCUCAGGUUGUUUCUUUUACUGACCCUUGUAAAUGUGAACAUUCUUUAGAGUCACAUAUUUCACAUUUAAGAACUAAAAAUGAGAAUGAUAUAAAUAAAUUGUUGGGAAUGAUGGUUGAUGUUGAAAAUGUUUACACUGCUAUGAGUCAAGAGGAGGAUACAGAUAUUAAGAAGAUUUAUGGGUAUUUAUUUAGGUUGUUAAGAAAAUGUAUAUUAUCCUUUGAAACUCCUGUAAUUGAGGGACCUUUGGGACAACCACCAUUUGAAAAGCCAUCAAUAAACAAAGCUGUAAAUAAUUUAUUAAUGUAUAAAUUUCCUCAUUUAACUCAACAAGAAUGGAAAACCAUGUGUGAAUUAGCUAAAAUAUUUUUGCAUUGUAUGAAUAAUUGGGAUUUUCCACCUCCAAAUAGUUAUAAAUUGGUUGUUAGUCAAGAAGAAGCUACAAUUUAUAAAAUAGCUCAUACAAGAUGGUUAGUUUUCUGUCAUGUUCCACUUUUUUGUGAUUCCUUCCGCCAUUAUGAUACAGCAAUGAUUUUUGGUAAAACUCUCUUUCGUGCGGUUUUCAAACAUGUAAAAAAGCAAAUUUUGGAUCAAUUUCAUGAGGAGAGAGAUUGGAUGCCUGUUGAACGAAGAGUUAUGCUUCUAACACAUUUCCCGCCAUUUUUAAAUCUUCUCGAUGAAGAGAUUUAUUCAUCAAACUCUCCAAUUUGGGAUCCUGAUUUUAAACCACCUCCUUGCAUUCCACUUCAAUCACUUCUUGAUUCAUCAAAAGCAAAAACUUCUGCAGGGCCAUCCUCAGCAACAAAAACUCGCACUGAAUUUGAAACUCCUAGUCGUGAAGUGAAAAGACGUCGGGUGGUUCAAGAUGAGCAUUUUGAGGAUUUAUCAAAAGAAACUGUGGCGGAAAUUAUAGCGACUAUUGAUGAUCCGAAAUACAUGACGGGACCGGAUAUGGUUUUUUCUGAAAAUACACCACCAAGAGAUAAAGAACCAAAACAAGAGGAGAAACAAGGAAUUAUAGAGUUACACGUUGUUGGGAAUAGUUUAACAGAACCAGUUAGUAAACAGACGAUGUUGUGGUUAAUUGGGCUUCAAAAUGUAUUUUCUUUGCAAUUACCUAGAAUGCCUAAAGAAUAUAUAAGUCAAUUAUUAUUUGAUCCAAAACAUCGAACCUUAGCAUUAAUAAGACAUAACAAACCAAUUGGAGGAAUUUGUUUUCGUCCAUUUCCUACGCAAGGUUUUACAGAAAUUGUUUUUUUAGCGAUGACAUCUAGCGAGCAAGUGAAAGGUUAUGGAACUCAUCUUAUGAAUCAUUUAAAAGAUUAUCAUAUUCGAAAGAAUAUUUUACACUUUUUAACAUUUGCUGAUCAAUUUGCAAUUGAAUAUUUUGAAAAACAGGGUUUUUCAAAAGACAUAAAAAUGGCAAGAGCAAUGUAUCAAGGAUACAUUAAAGAUUACGAGGGGGCCACUUUAAUGCAUUGCGAAUUAAAUCCCAGAAUUAUUUAUACGGAAUUCACUUCCGUUAUUAGAAAACAAAAAGAAAUUGUUAAACAGUUGAUUUAUCAACAACAGCGUACCUUAUCGAAAGUUCAUCCUGGUUUAACAUUCUUUAAAGAAGGUGUAACUUCUUUGCCAAUAGAAUCCAUACCUGGAAUACAAGAAACCGGUUGGAGGCCGACUUUAAGGACUACUAGAGGGGGUCAACUGGAAGAAUCUCAAGAUAUAGAUGUAUUGGCUGGAAUGUUGAAGACUGUGUUGAUUUCGGUUAAGAAUCAUGAAGAUUCAUGGCCAUUUAGGGAACCGGUUGAUAAAAAUGAUGUUCCAGAUUAUUAUGAUCAUAUUAAAUAUCCAAUGGACUUGAAAAAAAUGGGUGAAAGAUUAAAAGCAAGAUAUUACUCAACGAGACGUCUUUUUAUAGCAGAUAUGAUGCGAAUUUUUACCAAUUGUAAAAUAUACAAUUCCCCGGAAACUGAAUAUUACCAAUGCGCGAUUAAUUUGCAACAAUAUUUCCAAACGAAAAUGAAGGAGUUAGGAUUAUGGGAUAAGUAAAACUUUUUUUAACCUCUUUUAGACAUUAAAAAACACAAAACAUAUACAAGAAAAACCUUUAUAAUAAACAACUUUAUACACAUGUUACUGUAAUAUAUGAUAAUAAUAUAGAUAGUAAUAAUAAAAAUGACUAGUAAACUUCAAUAAUAUUAGACAACUUAAAGUUUCUUUUUUAAGAAAAAACUAUCAAAUAAACUACUAUACAAAUACAAUGUGUAUAACAGAUCUAUAAAUUACCUGCGUUGCUUUUAUUAAUUUAUACAUAAAAAGAAAACAAUAUUCAAAAAGCGAGUUUAAAAGAAGAAACUCGAAAAACAUCUAAUAAAUUUCACUACCCUGUUUUUUUUGUUUACAUUAAUAAUUUUUGAAUAAUUCAUGAAUUAAUAUAAUAAUUAAUUUAAUAAUAAACAACACGUUUUAUUUUUAAGUAGCAGCAAAAAUGUAAUGUACUUUUUUGGUUAAUCAUGAUAAAAAGUAAGGGUUAUAUAUAAAUAGAGAGGAGGCUUACAUAGAAAAAACCUAAUCUAAUGGGUUAUACUAAUGUUAAAAAAAUUGUUAAUUUCAAUUCCCAUUAGAUAUUUUUACUUUUUAAUUAUCUCAAGUACUAUCACGUAAUAAGAAUAUUUUGAAAAUACUACCAAGAUUCACAAUACUUAUUAAUAAUUAUGUUUCAUUUUGUAUCAUCACUAAUAUUAAGUCGGUACUCCAAAAAAUUGAGCACCAAAACACAAAAAAAAAGAAAAAAAAGAUACAAAAAGAUACUAUAAAAAAACCUAUAACAAUCAUCGUGCUUUAUUUCUUCUUGCAAAGUUAACUUUUUAACGCGUUUUUUACAAAAAGAUCUACAAAAGCUUCUUGUUACUAUGAAUAUUUAUUUCUUUCAAAAAGCUACUCUAAUCGACGAGAAUCUCCGUGUUUUUCCUAUAAUUAUAAUAACUUUUUAAGUG